CUUUCCACUCCGGGGUCCGUCCUCAAAAUGGCGCCUCCUCGCGCACUCCACUGAGGGGCUCCUGAGGGAGGUGGCCACAGGUGCCGGGCAACAACGACGAGGCCACAGCGACGUCGGCAACGGCAGGGGAGCUCUGAGCGGAGACUGGCCCUGAUAAGGCCCAAGGGAAGGGAGCGGGAGGCUGCCCUUCACUCCAAGUGCCUCCCUGUGGCGUCCCCGGGCCUGCCUGCCUGCCUGCCUCCCUCGCCGCCUGCCUGCCUCCGCCCUGACACACUGCUGGCCCAGGCUCCUCCUUUCGCCGCCGCAGUGACUGCUCGGGGGCUUCCCUGGCCGCUCGCUCUGCCUUGGACUCUUCUCGGCGCGGGGAAGGAGGCCGAGCUCGGAGGGAAGGAAGGAAGGAGGCCGAGCUCGGAGGGAGGCCAGCAAGCAGGCAACAUGGCUGAUGACUUCGGCUUCUUCUCCUCCUCGGAAAGCGGCGCGGCUGAGGGGGCGGCCGUGGCUUCGGCAGCGGUGGCGGCGGAGGAGGACCCGGCCGCAGCCUUCCUGGCCCAGCAGGAGAGCGAGAUCGCGGGCAUCGAGAACGACGAGGGCUUCGGCGCCGGGGGCGAGGCUGGGGAGAGCCCCGUUGACUUGGAUGGCACAGAUGCCACUGUGAACGGAGAUGUCUUUCAGGAAUCCAAUGGACCCACUGAUGCCUACGCAGCCAUUGCCAGAGCUGACCGGUUGACGCAGGAGCCUGAAAGCAUUCGCAAGUGGCGAGAAGAGCAGAAAAAGAGACUGCAAGAGUUGGAUGCUGCUUCUAAAGUGUUAGAACAGGAGUGGCGUGAAAAGGCCAAGAAGGACUUAGAAGAGUGGAACUUGCGACAAAAUGAACAAAUGGAAAGGAACCGGGCCAACAACAGGAUUGCUGACAAAGCCUUUUACCAGCAGCCGGAUGCCGAUGUGAUUGGCUACGUAGCCUCAGAAGAAGCCUUCCUGAAGGAGUCCAAGGAAGAGUCGCCUGGCACUGAAUGGGAGAAAGUAGCCCAACUCUGUGACUUCAACCCCAAGAGCAGCAAGCAAUCCAAGGAUGUCUCCCGCAUGCGCUCCGUGCUGAUCUCCCUCAAACAGACGCCCCUGGCCCGCUAGCCUAGCUGAAAAGGGGGCCGGGGCUGGGUGAGGAGGCAGGAAGGCUGCUCUUUGGUUUCGCACAAGCUUGGAUGGCACCAGUGAGGGGAUGCCAAAGCAUCCCACCCUGCCCCUUCUGCUCUCUUCUCAGUAUGUUUGUGUCACUCAGAUUGGGUGGCUGCCUGCCUGUACCCCUCCCCUGGAUUUUACUUUGCUUAAAAGGGUGCAUUGGUAUCUUUUUACAUAUAUUUAUUAGUGGUGUGGUUCCUUGGGCAACUGCCCUCUUUGGUUCCCACCCCUGCUGCCUUCAGGAAAGGUCACUCCCUGCUUCAGAGUUGGGGAGCGGGCAUUCACAGGCUUCCCUGUCCUCAAGGCCUUCAGGCCUGGUCUUUUCAUGCUGUCAAACUUGGCCGAUAUUAUAGGUUUAAAAAAAUUAAACAAUCUUUCUAUACCAGAUUUUGAAGGCAGCACCAAAUCUGUGCUUGAAACUGCAAGCUGGACUUCUGAAUUGGGAGUCCUAGCUCUGCUUGUAAUUCCCGUAAUCAGGAAUGGUGACAGCUAGGAAUUGCUUGCAGAUAGGAGUGAGUUGAAAUUCAGCAGUGCUUUUCUGUUGGUGCAAUGACAACCUUGCCCUAGACAGAGGGAACAUUUUAUUAGAAAGCGACACUUUCAAGGGAAAGUGUUCAGAAAGGGAGAGAACAUCGUGAUAAAAAUGGAAAUCUACACUCAAUGUCCUGAGGGUCUAACGGAGAAUCUGAAAGAAAGAUCUGUGUGAAGUGAUAAUUGAGCCCUGGGGAGGAGAGGGCACCAGUGUCCAAAGCCAGUUGUUAAUUUCAAGUAAAUCAGGUCCUCCAAAGCAAUAGGAAAGUGUAACUAUUUGAUAAUUGCAUCAGUGGGCCUUUUCUAGUAGUGAUUAGCCCUUGGAUUUAGUUUGGGAGUAGUAAUUGUCUGGCCUUGACGAUGUUAUUGGACUACAAUUCCCAGUAGUUGUAGCCACUAGCCAGCAUAGGCAACAGUGAAGUACUCUGAAAGUGACAGUCCAACAAUAUCUGGAGGACCUCACAACCACUAUCCCAAAUGUAGACCAUUGCCAUCAUGAUAUCCACAUGAGGAUAGAAGUCAAAUACAUAGUUGUGUUAGUCUGGAGUAUGUAUACAAAGGGAUCUUGUAGCACCUUUGACUUACUAAAGGUGUAGUGUAAGCAUUCACAGACUGAAGUAGACUAAGCCUUCAAACAUUUAUGCUAUAACUUCUUUAAAUUAGCUUCAAAGAUGCUACAAGAUUCCUUUGUAUAAUGAGACCCACAGUUGAACAUGAUGCUACUUUUCCCUCUCACAAAAUAUCCCCAAAUACAAGAGCCUACAAGGGCUUAGAAUAGAUGAUAAACAGAAUAUAGAAUAUGAAUCCAAGCAGCAUCCUUUAUUUAUGUGCACUCCUCAAACUGGAUUCUUCCACAUUUGGUUGAAAAAUACUAAAUGCAAGAAUGUGGUGUGGGAGGUUAACAAAAGUUUUUCUUGCUGUGAUUGGUUUUUUGGGCUGUGUGCUUCUUAAUGAAGGUGAAUGAAAGGAGAACAUGGUUUCCCUCAGACUCUGAGUCUGUAAACAUUGUCUGAGCAUCUAAGGACACUAGAGCUAAUUCUCUUAUCAGUACCUAUCAAGUCAAAACACUCGUUCAAAUAUUCCAAAAGCAUGCACAUGUGCACAUUUCCUCAGAAUUAAGUGUCACAGAAUUCAGUGGGACUUACCUCCAUUGUCAGCAUGGUUAUUGUAAGUAGCCUCAGAGAAAGGCAAACCCCCACCCUGCCCUGAUCAAAUCUUGCCAAUAAAACUCUGUGAUAGGUUCAGCUUAGGGGAACCAUAAGUCAAGACACGAGCUGAGGCCCACAACAACAUUAACAAGCAUGUGUAGGACUACAAUCUUGCAUAUUUGACAAUUUCCACUGGAAGUUGAAUCUAAUCUAGGGGUAAAUAACUUGUGACCCUCCAGAUGUUUUUACCUACUGUUCCUACCAAUCUUAGCUUACAUAGUCAGUGGUGUUGCAGUUAAAAAACACUUGUAAGGUCACAAUUAUACACUCCUGCUCUGAAUGUUCUAAGAUGUACUGUAUUUUGCAUACUGUAGCUGAUGUCCUUAUUGCCAGGAUGAUUUUCCAACCCAGCUAAAAGGAAAUAAUCUGAUAAAUAGUUCCACGAAAACACCCCCUUCCCCUGGUGCUGUGUCAUCAGCUGCAGCAGGCACCAGUAUUUUUUCUGAUAUUUGCUCCAAUUUAUUUUUGUCUCCUACAGUGUCCUUCUGUGUGACUGAAGGGGUGCUAAUAGACUGCUGCAGUUUCUCCUUUUGAGUAUAUAUUCUGAAGCCCCCACUUGGCUUCUUUAGUGAAGAUGCUUCACUUUCCUUAUCUAUAAGAAGUAGUACUAGCUCCAAAAUGUUGAGAUGGGUAGGACUCCUCCAGCUCUCCAGAUGUUUUUGGUCUUUUGCUAGGCUGACUGGGGCUGUUAGCAUAAUUCCCAUCCCUCCUUUAAGACUGCAAUGGUCAUAUGUAACUGAGACAGUUUGGGAUGUAUGUUCUUUUGUGUUGGUAGGAAAUGGACAAUUAGGAUGCUCUGGCCUGUCAGAUCUUAACUUGAGAACGGUAAUGUAUGUGUGCAAUGUAUGAUCCUUUACUGUGUAUCUGUAGCUCCCAUCAUCCUUCACAAUUGGCUAUGUAAGCGAUACCCACAUAAUAGGGUGGGAACGCUUUGUCCUCCAAACGUUUUAGACUACAAUCCUAUAAGCCUUUAUCAUUGUCUAGGCUGGCCAGAACUCUGGGAACUGAGUUCCAAAACAGAUGGAGGAACAAAGUUUCCUCAUGCUGCCACAAGGAUAAUAUACAUGGUUUAUCUAGUUCGGAAUGGUUACACAGAUCGCAGAUUUGCUAGUCAUUUAUAUAUGGAUCUGUUGUUCAGUGUGCUAUGGUCUCCAUACAAUCAGUUUGUGAUAUCCUGUUUUCACAGUGAAGCAUGUACAAGAAAAAAACUUGGAAGGAAAAUUGAUGUUUCUAAUCCAGAUAUAUUUUUUCAAGCAUUUUCUCUGAUACACUAAUUUUUAAUCUUCCCACAUAUAGGCUGUGUCAUACCAGUGCCUCAUCCUGCAAAAGUGGUACAAUGGGUAUCAUCCUAAGAAGAGAGGACAAGGUGGCCCUCCAGAUGUUGGGCUGUAACCCAUCAGCCCCACCCAUAUAGCAAAUGGCAAAGAAUGAUGGGAAUUAUAGUCCAAUAUCUGGAGGACCAUCUUUGUCAUCCCUGCUUUUAAAUGUUCACAAAAAAGAGCUGGUGUGGGCCUUUGUAUAAGGGAUGGGUAUUUCCAAUGGGGAAGAGCAGCUCUUUCAGAUAAGAUGCUUUUCCAGCUUCAUGUUUUUGUUUUUUGUUUUUAAUAAAAGGAGCCUCAGAAGGGUUGGAAGCAGGACCAUUACAGAGCCCCAGCCUUGUAAUAUAUUCAGAUCCUGGCAGGGUAGAACUGAAACUUCCCUGUCUCCUGUAGGUCUUUUUCCUGCAUGUACUUGGCCUAUGUCCUGGUGGUCAGAGGUGCUUUUCAGCUGAAAUAUAAAAUGUGUGGCAUUUACACUACAUCCUGUUUUGGACCACUGUAGCUAAAGAAUAGAAGUACAGAGAAAAUAGAAAAUACCAUUAGAAGUUUUUUUUAUUCUAGGCUGUUUCCUUUCGGUAUUCGUUAUGCCUUCAAAGCAUGGGAUAACAACCCACAUGUAAAUCUAAAUGAAGAGAUGGAAACAAGGAAGAGGCAUAGAUCCCAGCUUUGAGCCUGUUACAGAGGCAACACCAAGAUUGCUAUCUGGCAGCAAUGGUGGACUGGCCGAUCACCACACUCCAUGGAAGCUGAGCUAUUCACUUUCACCAUCUUGCACCUAGUGGAGUCUACAAAAAAGAAACAGCCUCUGCUUGGAAUUGCCUGGUCAGUCCCCAAAGUUCACUAUCACUCCAUCCUGUGUCCCAAGGAACAGCAGCAGCAAUAAGUUGGGGGGCCCUUGGAGGAGGGCAGGAGCUUUGCCUGCCGCUGUCCUGUCCCAUCCUCCCCACCCCCCUCCAGCUUUAAGAUCUGUGACUUUGUUAAACCACCUAUUAUCAAUAAACUGCCACUACUUCAGGUAAA